AUUGUCUCUCGUUUCUCGCACAUUUCUCUCUCUCGCGGACUCGGUCGACGGAGACGCCCACCCUCGUUCUCUCUCGUAUCGGCUCUCGAAUCGAAUCCCUUCUCCAGGAGGAAAACGUGGAAAGGAAAAUUCGGAGACUCUUGCUUUGUCUUCUUCGAAAGUGGGUUGUCGAGGAAUCUUCAAUUCACUUUAGAGUUUAUCUUCUUGGUCGUUCUCUCGGCGAGGGUUCGAUUUCGAUGCCAAUAGAUUCGUCUAUCGCGUUCUUCUUGGGUGGGUUGUAGAAUUAGGGCCGCAUCGUUUGGAUCUUCCCUGAUCCAGGUUCUCGAUUUCUCCAUUUAAUUCUAUCCCAGUGACUUUUUCCCAUCUUUGUCUGUUAGGUUUAGGUUUAGGUUCAGAUUUCCUGGAAACCCUAGUUUUGAUCGAGGAAGGGUAAACGCAAUAGUGAAAUUUUGAUUGCAUUCUUUUCUGCCCUCCUGAUUUGUUGUUUGUAAUUCUAGCUAGUAUCUAGACAUCGAAGUUCUCCUACGUGCCUAUUUUCAUUGUUUUGCCAUCUGAAAUCAGGAGUUUCCCGCUCAGGAUAGAUCUUCACACGAUCUUCUUCCGUCAUUUUUUUCUCUUCUUCUUUUCUUUCACCCUAGGUAUUCCGUUGAAAAUAACCACAAAAAAAGAAUAGAAUUUUGGGGUUUGUUCUUCAGGAAGGGUUUCUUUGGGUUGGGGGUAUUGAUUCUGUACAGGGAGACUCGGGGUUUUGAGUGUGUAUAGGGAUGGCCUUGAAUUUUUCGCAUAGACCCUUAUUCUCUGCCCAUACUUCUGAGGAAAAUCUGGUUUCGCCGAUGAGGAUUGCUAAUGGGUAUCUGGUUGAGGGCAGGCCAGAGAGGAAUGGGGAUAUAUUUACCAGACCUUGGUGCUCGCUUCAUGAAAAAGGAGAUUGCUUUGAUUAUGCAAGGGGCUGGGGAGAUAGGUGUGGCUCACAGGAUUCAGCUUCUGUUGACAUACUUGAUAUUCUGCCAUCUGAUCCAUUCGGCAUGGAUAUCAGCACUACUUUUACAGCGAUUACUGGUUGGCUGGAGGACUUGGAGGUGGAUUAUACACAGUAUAGGAGGGAUGAGAUUGGGAUAGAUGUUGGAAACUACCAGCUAUUUGCUGGGCUGAAUUUCAUAUGGAACAACGCAAUGAAGUUUCAGGAGUUCUCACAGACCCGGAGCAGGGGGUUUGAUAAUGAAUCUUGUCAUGGUGCCUUUUUAUCUGCUAGCAGUGUGGAUAAUGCGGUUUGCAUUAGUGGUGAAGUUGACAGUAGAAAUGGUCCCUGUGAGGACAACGAAGUCUGCAUGAGUAGAGAAGAUGAAACUCUUCACCCGGCCUUUAAUUAUUCCCUUUCUUAUCUUGGAAUAAAGGAUCUUCUUUCAGUUGGUAUGGUUUGCAAAUCUCUGCAGUCUACUGUCCAAGGUGACCCACUAUUGUGGAAGCAUAUCCACAUUUCUCAGCCAUUGAACGAGAAGAUCACGAAUGAGGUUCUACUGCAAUUAACUGACAGGGCUCAGGGCACCCUGCAUUGCUUGAGCCUCAUAGAGUGCUCAAGGAUCACAGAUGAGGGUCUCAAACAGGUUCUUGAAUCCAAUCCUAAGCUGGUCAAGCUUAGUGUGCCUGGAUGCACAAGGGUCACUGUUGAGGGGGUAUUGAAUAUGUUGAAGGAUUUGAAGUCUGUGGGAAUGCUUGGAGUGAAAAACUUAAGGAUAGGUGGGCUUUAUGGGGUGACCAAGGAUCACUUUGAGGAGUUGGUUCGCUUGUUGGGUAUAGAUGACCGUGUCAAACAGAAUUCUCAGAAUCCACGUUUUUACCACACGGGGGAUUUAUAUUUGACAUGUGACGAGGAUCGCGCGAUAGACAUUGAGAUGUGUCCGAAAUGUCAGAAUUUCAGGCUUGUGUAUGACUGCCCAGCAAAAGGUUGUAAAAUGGAUGGGCAUGACCAAUCUUGCCGUGCUUGUACCCUUUGCAUACAGAGGUGCGUGCAAUGUGGCCGUUGUAUUAAUGACAGUGAAUACGAAGAAACUUUUUGCCUGGAGUAUCUCUGCUCUGAUUGUUUGAACCAGGUUUCUAAGUGCCCGGAUAGGCACAUGGGUAGUAUAACCCCGUCUGGGCCAUCUUCUCCCUGUGAAUCGAAUUGCUCAGUUCUUCAUGGCUAGGAGGGUAGGCUGGAAAUUGCAAGUGUUUUUUGGGUUGAUUUUCUAGUUGGUGUUUUUCUUCAGAAAAUGUUGGGAGUGUCAGCAUACGUGAGCGACUUAUUUGGUUAUCUUCAUACAACAAAGUCAAGAGAAAAAGACACAUGCAUUGCUGUGGAAUGCACUUUACUCAGGAUGAGAAGGUGAAGCGGACUUUUUUCUAUAACUCUACCGAGAAGAGUCUUUUUGUGGUUAAAUGGUUCACUAUCUGAAACCAUUUUAUAGGGUUUUUAUACGCGAUGAUUCAGAUGGGAUCGAUUUGGUAGAACUUGGUGACUGUAACGGGAUGCAAACCCCUUCUCACAUCUCUUGAGAGCUGAUCAUGGUCGUGUCUGUUCAGUCAGGUACCCACCAUGGAUGUCGGAAACUUUGGUGUGGUCAUGGCUUCAGGCCGCCUCUGCUCAGAGGUUCCGAAUGUCCAUUCGGAACUGGUAACAGACAAUUUCUUGCCUGGUUCUCCCUCCUGAGACAGGUAAUGUUCUUCUUCGCCUUUGCGGAUUAUCCGCUCUUCUUUCCAAAGGCGUAAUAUAGACGAAGUCUUCCUCCGGAUUUCAAAUUCUGGUGAUGAUAAAGGAUGGUGAUUUUCAGAGGGCUGUAAGAUCACUGUGUUUUUUUUUUAUCUUGUUUUAUGUAUGAGACGUCGUCGAACGAUAAGAAUAUUUCAGGACCUGAAAUAAAGUUGGUAUCUUUGGUUUGCA